UUUAGUUUGUGUGAAAAAUGCGGUUGAUAACUGUGGUCUUGUUCCUUGUUUUAGCCCAAAUCGAAGCCAAAACGUAUUAUUUUAAUUUGAAUAAAACUACAAAUGAGUUCAUGGUUCGGAAUCGUGUCAAUUUUAAUCAAACGAAUUAUCCCGCAAUUCAAAUAAGUGAACUCAGGAAUAAUAGGAACGUCACACGUAAAACUGCCACAAAUACGAAUGGCACUAAACCCUACAUUCACCCACUUUUAGACUCCGAAUGGAACUACAAUUGGACCAACAUCACCCGAAAUAAACUACCAUCAUACAUUUACAAAUAUUACGAAGCAUAUUCGCAAAAUGUGGCAGCUCCUGUUCACAUUCUCUUCAACGCAAAUCCGCUAAAUUCAACCAUAAUCAAAUUUAAUUCGAGUAAAUUGGACGUUGCGGAGGUUGAGUUACAUUUCUACCACAAAGUUGAGGCCAAUUUGACACAAAAAUCGCUAAUUUUGCGCCUUUAUCAAGUCGAAAAUGAUAUCAAUGAAACGGCUUUGAUAAAUCCAGAUUCACACAAACUGCUCAAUGUGAUUUACAUUUAUCAAGCUGAAAGUGGCUGGCAGGUGUUUAAAUUAACCAAAUCGUUGCAUAAUUGGAUAAAAAAAACAACGGAUUUGUCGAUAUUUAUCACAAUUUCGAAACCAAACGACGAACAAUUUAAUCUUUUUAACGACAGUAAUAGAAACGCGUUUAGGACUUUUCUUAUAUUAAAAUCAGAAUCGCCGAGAAGUGAUGGAACAAAUGAUGAAAUUACCGAAAGUAACGCUUGCAGAAGACAUGAUUUAUACGUCGACUUCCAAAAACUCAACUGGAUGAAAUUUAUUAUAUCACCAGCUGGUUAUAACGCCUACAAUUGCCACGGCACGUGUUAUCAAACCCACCACUUACCAAACCAUCACAAAACCACAAAUUUCUUUCCUGAACUGGGGCGUAAAAGUCCCUGUUGUGGCCCCACAAAAUACGCUCCUCUCCCUAUAAUGUUUUACGAUAGAUUUGGCAAUGUUAUGAUCAAGUUUUACGACGAAAUGGUAAUUUCGGCAUGUGGUUGCAGAUAAACAGAUUUAACGCAAACGAUGACUUUAUUAAACAAUUAUACAAUGUGUUUGAAAUUAAAAAAUACUGUAACAAAAAAAUCAA